AUGGAGAGUAAAGGGGAUAGUUGGAUCAGGGGAAUCCUCCUCGGACGCGGCUCCUUCGGAACGGUCAGCCUCGCUUUUGACCCCUCGGCCGUCCCCGCCGGGCGGAUUUUCGCCGUCAAGUCCGUCUCCUUGGCCUCCGGCUGCAGCGCUUCGGUCGACUUCCUGGAAAACGAAAUCCGGAUCCUCGAGUCCCUCUCCUCUCCAUUCGUCGUCGAGUACCUCGGCGACGAUACCACCGUCGAGGUCGGCGCCGGAGUAUGCCGGAACCUGCACCUGGAGUACCUUCCCGGCGGCACCGCGGCUGACUUGGGCGGCUGCGCAGACGAGUCGUCCGUGCGCGCCUACGCCCGGUGCGUGGCGCGCGCGCUCCGCUACCUCCACGACGUCGCCGGCGUCGUGCACUGCGACGUCAAGGGUCGGAACGUGCUGCUCGGCGAGGCCCCCGGCGUCGCCAAGCUAGCUGAUUUCGGUUCCGCGAUGAGGAUUUCCGAUGUUUUCUCGGGAGAUCGGCGGAGCUUGCAAGGCACGCCAUUAUGGAUGGCACCGGAGGUAGCGAGGGGGGAGAUCCCAAGGCCGGAGUCGGACGUGUGGUCGUUCGGGUGCACCGUCAUCGAGAUGCUCACCGGCGUAGCACCGUGGUCAUCUUGGAAGCCUAAGGACGCUGCCGAAGCCAUGUUCCGGAUCGGUUACGGCCCCGAGCUGCCGGAGUACCCAUCUCAUCUCUCGAAGCAGGGGAGGGACUUCCUCGACAAGUGUUUGAGAAAAGACCCAAAAGAACGAUGGACGGCAGAGCAACUACUGCAGCACCCGUUCCUGGCUGAGGCAGAGCCUCCGACGGAGCAGACUCCGAGAGGAGUACUUGAAUGGGCUAAUUUGCAGUUAGACUACGACAGCGAUGACGACAGCUACGGCGACUUCGACUCUGUAUGUUUGAUCUCCGAGGGAAUAGAAAGAGUAAGGGAAUUAGCAUCGAGUGGAUCUCCUCCGGCAGCCUGGAACAACGAUGGCUGGGAACAAGUAAGGAAUCCAGAGGAAUUGGCUGUGGAUAAGUGUGGAAGAGAAGUGGAACAACAAAAGUGCUGGGAGAUAUCUAGAAUGGAUUGCUCUGUUUUUUCUGCUCUCUGUUCUUGGUGUUGCUUUGUUAAAUGUGAUCUGAGUUGUUACGAUGAGAUUAUUGUCAAUAGACAGUUACAUGUUUCCUCUGGUUUUUGUUUACAGUGGGAUCUCAUUGAUCUAUCUGUUACCUCUGGAUCGCAACCCCUGAUCCGUUCUUGGACAGGGGUUGCUGAUAGAUGGGAUCCCAUGGAUCCUAUUUGUAUAACAGAUAUUGUUAUCCUUUUGAUCAAACUCGUGAUUUUCCCCAUAUCUUCCAAUAUGCAUACAUGUGUUCUUCCUUAUCGUCAUAAUUUCCAAUAUGCACAUGAAUACAUGAUGUUCUUCUUCCAAGAAGGCAAUAAUGCACACAUCAUCAUAUCCAACCCCAAUGAGCCGGUGGGGCAAAAGUUGUAUGGUCCAAUCACCAAUGGAUUGCAACCUCUAUUUCCAGAAGAGUUCUCAUACUUGAAUUGA